CUCCUCCGCCGCCUCCUCCUCCUCCUCAUCCUCCUCCUCCUCCGCAGCUCGGCGAGAGCGUCAGAACAGCGCUGCCGACGCCUCGAAAUGCGAAGGAUGCUGGCCCGUGCUGCAGGAGAGCCGCGUGCAGUUCGCUCAGCGCUCUGCGGCCUGGUGUGUGGACUUCCACCCGACGAAGACCUGGGUCGCGUCAGGCCUGGCCUCUGGUUCGGUCGUGGUCUGGGACUACCAGGACCAGGCUCUCGUGCGCGAGCUCCAGGCCAGCGGCUCCGCCGUUCGCAGCGCGAGGUUCGCUGCCCGGGGGGCGCAGCUCCUGGUCGCCUCCAACGUCACGGACAUGGCCAUCUUCUGCGCGGAGAGUUGGAGGCUGCUGCAAACAGUGGUGCUUGCUCACCAGGCCCCAUCCGGUACCUGGCCGCACAUGCAUCUCUCCCCUGGUUCUUAUCCGCGUCGGACGACUGCAGCAUCAAGCUCUUCGAGCGGGAAGGCGAUUGGAGAUGCAGUCAGGUUUUCUCUGCGCACUCGCUGCCUGUCACUAUGUGCCAGUGGAGCCUGGACAGUUGUGUGUCAUUCGCCUCGUCGUCGAUGGACAGCUCGGUCAGGCUGUGGAACUUCGGCGCGCGAGAGCUGGGAUUCUCCUCGCUUUCUCCCGACGAGCUGGUGUCAACGUACGAGUUGCGCGGACACACCAAGGGAGUCACAUGUGUGGCGUACCUGCACUCCGCUGGGUCGUCGCGAUUGGCCUCUGGGUCGGACGACAAGACUGUGCGGAUCUGGGACGUGGAGGGCCGCCGGUGCCUCCAGCUGCUGCGGUGCCACGCCGGCCGCGUCACCAGCCUGGCGUGCCACCUCGGCAGGCCGCUCCUGGUGGCCGCCGGCGAGGGCCACGCCGCGAGCGUGUGGCGGCCCGCUGAGAGCAGCGUCCCAGACGUGCUCAUUUUCCAGAGGUACAGGCUCGACGAGACCGUGGAGACGGAGCUGGGGUGCCUCAGGGCGGUCGCGCUGCGCCCGGACGGCGGCGGCGCGGGGGGCCUCGCGGCUUUGGGAUGCGACGGGGGCACGGUCGUCUGCACGGUCGGCAUCGGCGGCGGCUCUGCCACGCCUGGCGGCAGGCGCGCUGGCGCGCGGCGAGGGGCAACGCCCGCCGAGCCGAGCAACGAGGAGGACGUCCUGCGCCGGAGGUCCCUCCACCUGAGCAUCGCGCCGGGCGCGCCCCGCAGGGAGACCCAGGUUUACCCGUGGCUCGACGGGGCGCUGUCGUUGCUCGCGGCCUGCUACAGGGCCAGGACGAGCGCUGGCCGUGCCUGCUCCAAGGCCGCGGCGAGGGCCGCGCGCGCCUCCAGGGAGUGGCUGCUGGGCAGUGCGGCGGGCGCCGCCCUGUGCCUGAGGCGCGCCGCGGGCGCGGGAGCGCUCUGGCGCGCCCGCGAGCGCUGCGGGCGGCUCCUGCGGCCGAGGUGAGCGCGGCGCGGCGCUGCGCAAGGGCCUCCGUGCCCUCCUGG